AUGCAUGUAAUUUCACUGUUAUUUAUAUAUCAGUUUGACAUUGAUGAGAAUAAAAACAAAAAUAAAAAUAAUAAGAAUGAUAACAGUCUGUCAACUUAAGUAAGUAGGUUAAACAUAGGAAGUUUUAUAAUACAAAUAUCAAUUGUUUACAAAAAAUGUAUAUUAAAAUUAAAUGUUUUAUGUAUUAUUAUUAUUGAAUUAUUAGAUGUUUCUCAUAAUUUUUUGAAAAAUUUUAAAGAAUUAAUUAUAAUAUUAAUCUGUAAGAUAUAAAAAUCCAUUGCUAUUACUAUAAAUUAGAAAAAAUGUACGUAUAUAUAAAUAUGCUAACAAUUUUUUGUACAUAUAUAGGUUAAAGAGUUGACAACUGUAGUUGAUACUAUGAUGAAUUCCAAUGUAGGAAGAUUUGAAAUUAACACCAAUAUGGACAAGGAAGUUACUAAAUCAGAGAUUAUAAGCGAUACAUGUAAUAACAUAGAUUAUAUAGAUGUAAAGUGUAAUGAACUUGUUAAUGAUGAGUGCUUUGUACUUUGUAAUAAGAGCAACAGUGAUGUGAAUUCAAGUGAAAAUCAAUUUUUAGAAGGUAAUGCAACCAGUGAUCCUCCUAAACAAGAAUUAGAACAUAUGUUAUAUGAAGAGUCACAAGAUUUUGAAAUUAAUGCAGAACAAACUAAUACAUUAUUUUCAGUAGGAAAUUCUACAAAAUUGGUAGGAAAUGAGAAUUCAAUCGUAUUAACAAAUGGUAAAACAAAAGAAGUAUCAAAUAGAUACUCAAAAAAUAGAAUGAUAAAUAGUGAUACAUUGUGUACAAAUACUGAAUUAAAACCUAUAUUAUAUGAACAAUGCUGUGAUUUUUCAGAUAUUGAUGAGUGUGAAGAAAGUUCUAUGUCAUUAUCACAAUCUUGCCUUCAACAAAUUGAAGAAGACUUUAUACAAUAUAAAUUUGAAGGUACUGACGUUCCUAGUAAAGUAGGAAAAUGUGUUAAAGUUUACACUCAUAAGAGACGAAAAUCUGUAGACGAACUAAAAAUCAAACUAACAGAUAUGAAUAAUGUAAUUCAAAAUUCGCCAUCUACUGAUUGUAUAGAUUUAUUGGAUGAGCCGUCCACUAAUGAUAUACCAGUUACACUUUUAACCUCAUUAGACAUGGAAAGUGCUGAGUAUAUUAUAAGUUUAAGUACUGAAAAUAUUCAAUCUAUAGUAGGAACUACUGUAACUGAACAGCAUACAAUAAACUCGUGUAAAAAAAUAAAACAAAUUAUUGAAUAUAAUACCCAAAAGGAUAAUAUAAAUAAAAUAGAAUUAAAUACUGAAAACACUAAAACUUCUAAUUAUACAAAACCAAUAUUAAGAAGAAGUUUGCGAUUAAAUCAACAAGAAACAGAAGAAACUAUGAAUAAUAAUGAAGUUAAAGAUCCUCAUGAAAAAGAAAAACAUUUUAAAAAAUCAAAUUUCUCGAAUAGAACAGAAGUAUGUAUUAAAAAGAAACGUAAAAUAAAGGACAUGGAUCGUAAAGUUGCAGAACGAGGUAUUAAUAAUGAAAUGCAACCCAUUAAAAAGACAUUUAAUAAUUCUCGCAAAAGUACUGAAAAAUUAAUUGUCAAAAAGAAUAAUAAAUGUACGUUGUCUAAUAAAGAAAAAGAUGAACAAACAGUUAAAGCAACGAAUAAAUUAAAAUGUGACAUAUCAGAAACAACAGAAAUUGAUUCCAUUUUUACACUACCCAAAUUAAAUACAAUAGAACAUAUAAAUCGUGCACUGUGGGGUGAUAUGUCAGAUUUUGCAGAAGACUAUGAAAAUAAGAUAAAUUUGCUGGAAUAUACCCCAAAUACAGAAAUUCCAUUUGCUGUUGGUUUGUUACCUCUACGUACUGCUCUGGAAAAAAUGCAAGCAACACCAGAUUAUCAACCUCGUAAAACUCGUUCGUCAGUAGCACCAAUUAGGCAAGAUAUUAAUUAUCUCAAGAGAAAAAAUUGUACUCCUUUAAGCAAAGUUGUGGAUUCAAAAAAACAAAAUACCUGCAUUAAUGAUCCAAAAGAAAAUGCAAAAGCAGUUUGCCAUAUUCAGAUUAGAACAGCACCGUCACAGUACGUACGAAAUCGUAAAAAAUAUCUUUCAACGGAUGUAAAUGCACUAGAACCACCAGCUAUCAUUAACAAACAUUAAUAAAUUGAUUAUUUAUUAAGGAAUAGAUAAUAAUAAAAUAGGAUAGUAAUAAAAUAAUAUUCUCAAAUGUGAAUAUCAAUAAGAGAACGCGCAGCUUUAUGCAUGUAAUUUUAUAUUUUGAAGACAUAUUUUUAAUAUAAAACUUCUUGUAUAUAAAACAUAGAUAUGAAAAAAUAAUAUGCGAUAAAUUAUGCAAAGUAUGUAAACAAUUGUAGUUCCUUGAUUUCUACAAGAAUUGAAGAUAUAUUUUUUUUUAUUGUUUGGCCAUAUAUUUUUUAAUUUAAACGCUACCAUACGUGUAUUAAAUAUUAUAAUAAGAGUGAAUCGAGGUUUUUUUUCUUUAUUGCAAAAAAAAUAUUAAUAGUUAUAAAAAAAUAGUUAUAAAGUAAUAUUUUUGUCUAUUAGUUUAUUAAAUUUUUAUAAAAAUUUCUUGUAUAUUGUUUGAAUUGAAAAAUCAUUGAUUAAUUUACAUUCUAUUUAAUUAACGAUAGGAAUUGAAAUAAAUUUUUUUAAUUUGUAAAUGUGUAAAUGAAAACGUGUGUUUAUAUAUUUGGUGCACAUAUGGGGCUAAAGCGCGCGCGCGCACACGCGCCACACACAAUGAUAUAUUUUGUUCUUUAAGAAUAUAUUUAUACCCAUUUUAAAGAUAUUGUAUUUGAAUAUUUGAAUGUCACAGUUUGUUAUUUUAAAGUAAAAGUAAUAAUAAUUUAUCUCUUUAUUUUUCUUUUUAUCUUAGUAUGUGAAAAAUGCAUACAUAUCAUUUAUUCUAAUGUAAAUGUCUUAAUAUUAUAAAUUUCAAUGUAUUAUAGAUAUACAUUAAGAAAUCUUAUAUAUCUUCAUGAUUUAUUUUCAAUUUUAUUCAUCAUUAUAUUUUCUAAUCCUCUAUAACUAGAAUUUUGUCUCUUUCUGAAAACAAAGCUUCACUGAAAUCUAAAAAUUAAUAAUUGUGAGUUAAUCAUUUAAUGCCAUUAUCAUAAUAUACCAACAAAAUAUCAAAACACAACAAUAAGCAAAUAAAUAAGAUUUAAAAAAUAUAGAUAAACACAUUACGUUAUAGAGGAUUAAUAUCUUUGUUUCAUAAACGUAUUUUAUAAUACCUUAGUUGUAAUGAGUUAAUGAAAUCAUAAUAACCCAGUGUAAUAAUUUGUGCUAUAAAAGCAGUAACUGUGAAACCUCAAAAUUAGCUACAUUAUUUAGCUAUAUUGUUUAUGACUGUCUAUAUUUUUGAAAUAACAAGUUUGUGUAAACUUAUUUAUACAUUUAUACAACAUUUACAAUAUUUGAAAUGUUAGCAGUUGCUGCAAUGUAACAUAAAUGGAUUGUUUAUUGCAAUAAUAUACAAAUAUUUUUUACAUAAAUUUAUGUAUACAUAUACAAUAAUGAAAAAAUAUAUAUAUUUUUUUCAUAAUAAACAUUUUUAAUGUACACUUGGAGUAUUUUUGGAAUUUCUAUUAAUAUUAGAUAAAAUAGUUUUACAAAAUUAUAACAGUAUUACAUGGAGUUGCGUCAUGUUCUUGCGCAUUAUACUCUUGCCAUUUUUUAUUACUUUAUAGAUUAUAUUCAAUCAUAUAUUGUUAGAAUAAUCUUAAUAAGGAACUGUAAUCUGUACAGAAACAUAUGACAUAUUCAACAUGCUCUUGACACUGCGCAGAGGACAAAAACGGACUAAAGAAAGAGAACCAUGUUUAUUUAUAACUAGUAAUUUGAUUGGUCGUGCAAUAUACAUUAUGAUACAUGUACAAUCGAUAUGAGUAAAGUAUAAUUCUCGUUAUUUUAGUUCUUUAAUUUCCGAUAUAUUGAAAGAAAUCAAUAAAAUAAAAAGCAAUAAAUCACACUAUUAAAUUGAAUGUGUUAAAAUAUAUCGAUCCUGUUAUAUGAAUAUCCAAUUAAAAAAAUUAAAACACUGACUGCUAUGUUUUAUUUAAAUAAUCUUGUUAAUAACGAUAUUGCAUUUCUAAAAAAUGCAAUAAAAUUAAUAGAAAUUGUAGUUUGUGCGUAACUAAUGUACAAUCUAUAUUACACAUAAUCAUUGAUGAAUUAUGUGUCGUCAUAUAGGAAAUGUUCUCAUAGAUA